AAUCAAAUCAAUUAGGUCUUUGUCUUCUUCCGUAAACGAAGGUUUAGGAAAGAAAGAAAGGGUAAGCAAAAAGAAAAAGAAAAAAAUGACGCUGGGACUGAUAAACGCGAAUCCAGUAGUGCAAGCUAAGAAGGAACGGCUAGCUCGUACACAAGAUCAACACAGAGAUGAUGAUGGCCUUGAUACUCUUGACAUCUAUGAGUAUGUAAGAGACAUAAGAGAUCCGGAACACCCUUACUCCUUGGAACAACUAAGUGUUCUGUCUGAAGAUUCCAUCACUCUCGAUGACAAGCUCAAUCGCAUCAUAAUAACGUUUACACCGACGAUCCAGCAUUGUAGUAUGGCAACUAUAAUUGGUCUGUGUUUGAGAGCUAAGCUUAAAGAAUGCUUGCCACUCCAUUAUAAGGUUGAUAUCAGAGUGUCUCCCGGUUCUCACGCCGAUGAAGAUUCAGUGAAUAAACAGCUGAAUGAUAAAGAAAGAGUGGUAGCUGCAUUGGAGAAUCCUAAUCUCCGUCAGCUUGUGGAUGAGUGUCUCUGCUCCAACGAGAUAUGAUCACAUCAUUUUACUUUUACUCUCUUGUACAAAUUCGGGAUUGUAUUGUAUGACUUAGAGACCGCUCUUUGUCUCUUUUUGUAUUGGUAAUGUCACUUUAUACAUUUUGCGAUGCUUGAAUGUUGUAUACUGCUUUGAUAAUGUUACAAACCUUUUCUCCA